AAAACCAGAACCCCAAAUCAUAUACCCUUAUGAACAAGUGAUAAAUCACAACUCGUCUCCAUUUCUACAAGCCCAUUCAUUUUUGAGAGUGUUAUCCCAUCGAUCUACAGAGUUCUAUCUCUGCUUGGCAAGGAAUGGGGAGGAGGAGGGAAGGGAGUGCUUAUGGGCAAAAGGGCAAAUGAUAUUCCCCUUCUUACUCCUUCCCCUUCCUUCUGCCCAGCUUCUCCGUGACGUGUCUCUCUUCCCUCCCACAGCGACUGUUUCCCGAGCCCAGCUGGUGGUGCACGAGGGGUCUCUCAGGGUGGAAGCAGUGGAAGGGGCGGAGGUGGUCCUCCCUGCAUGGUACACGCUGACCGGGAUGAAGCCCUCUCUGAAACCUGAGCCCCCUCCUUACGUGCUAUGGUUCCUGGAACAAAGUGGGAAGGAAAUGGAGCAGGUGCUGUCCUAUCUUAAUGGAGUAUUAUUGAGCAAACCUCGAAUAUCCCUAGUACAUUCUAUGCCCUCGAGAAAUGUAUCCCUGAGAAUAGUCCAGCUCCAGGAACAGGACUCUGGGCUAUACAGAUGCUCGGUGAAUGUGCCGGACCAAGGAAAGAGCAUGUCAGAUGUUGGCAGCUUGGAACUUGAUGUACUGGUGUCCCCAGCUGCCCCAUCAUGCCAUCUCCAUGGUGUUCCAAGAAUGGGGGCUAAUGUGACCCUCAGUUGCCUGACCACAAGAAGCAAACCAGCUGCCCAAUAUAGUUGGGAGCGGCUUCCCCCACGGGCCCAGUUCUUCUUCUCACCUGCUGUAGAUAGUAUUCGUGGUUCUCUGUUCCUCACCAAUCUCUCAGCCUCCAUGUCUGGUGUCUAUGUCUGCAAAGCCAGCAAUAAGGUGGGCAGUGCCCAAUGCAAUGUGACUUUGGAGGUAACUUCAGGACCAAAGGCAGCAGUGGUAGCUGGAGCUGUGGUGGUCACCCUGGUGGUGCUGGUGCUAUUAGCUAUAUUCGUCCUCCUGUACUGUCACCGGGAAAAAAUGCAAGAGGAAUCAGCCAAUGACAUCAAGGAGGAUGCUGUUGCUCCUCGAACACUGCCCUGGCCUAAGGGCUCAGACACCAUCUCCAAGAAUGGGACCCUUUCUUCUGUGACUUCAGCUCGUGCCCUCCGACCACCCCAUGGACCUCCCCGAUCUGGUGCACUGACCCCUACACCCAGUCUCUCUAGUCAGGCCCUGUCCUCCCCAGGGCUACCCAGGACAAACAGGACUCAACCUCCUACAGCAUCACCUGCCCUUGGAGGAGUAUCUUCUUCUGCCCUUAGUCGGAUGGGUGCUGUGCCAGUCAUGGUGCCUGCCCAGAGCCAGGCAGGCUCCCUAGUAUAAUUGCCCCACCUUAUCUUGACUGAGUUAUCCACUGGUAUGUCCUUUCUACAAGGACCUCAAAAGUGAUUGCUUGUACUGGGGGUUUGAGUGUUUUAAAGACAUCCAUACUCCAGACAUGUAGCCCUGCCCCAACCCCCCAUUUUCAUCUCCAGUUUUUGGUCUGGACAUAUGAUUUCAUUGGCACAGGGAACUGUCACCGUGGAAACUCUCUCCUCUGAUAAACAGGCAAUUCAUCUAAAAUUUAUAAUUUUAAGAGAGUUGAUGGGGGUCACUAAGAGGUUAAUUAAGUGACUUCCCCAUAGUCACACAGCUGAUAUGUAUCAGAAACAGGAAUUUAACCUAGUCUUCCUGAUUCCACACCUCUGUAAUGCCCUGCUAUUAUGGAGAAAGCCCUAUUUCAGUAGGUCUCAUCAAUAUUUACUGAGAGAACUGGCCUCUAGGCAGAAGAAGGCAUUAGGAAGUGAACCUGAGCUCAGAUAGGGUUUAGACCUCAUAUAUCACUCCAGAAUCAACCCUCUGCCUAGUGACUGGAGCUGAAAUGCUGCCAAGAUGGGCUUAUGAGGGGGACAGUAUGGAAGGGCUUAUCUGUGAUCACCCCACCUUUCUAAGAGCCUUCCACUUUUCCAACUGUAUUAAAAACCUUUCUUGGUUGGAUUUUCAUUGGGGAAGGGGUGGGACAUAAUUUCUAGAAACUUCUUGAAUUGUCUUUUUUUUUUUUUUUUUUGUAAAUGUCAAUAAAAUAGCUCUUAUUUGUAUGGAAAGUGAGAGUCACAUGCAAUUUUCAAAGUUCCUGCCUUUAGCUGGAGCUUAAGAAAAGACUUGGUAGGAAACAUUCGUUCUCUUCUAUGCAAGUCUCAUUCUUAUUUGUUGCUAUUCAGUUCAGUCAUGCUGGACACUUUGUGAGCCGAUUGACCACAGCUAUCCA